CUCAAAAUGCCUCAGAUUAUCCGUACAGGCCUCCGCAGUCCAGAUUGGUGCACAAAUCGCGCAUCAGCUACACGUGCUCAUCCCUGUCUUCCAGCGAUAGGUUGCCUCAUCUCAAUACAGUAUCCGUAUACCGUUCCAUGGGCGGCGGUGGUAUGUGGUAUCAUACCGUUACCAGACAGCACGUGACUAUCACAUGCGGCCGGCGCUUUGCCCGCAUCGAUCUUGAUGAUAUUACCUCAGUAGUUCAGCGUCAAGCUAGGUACCUAGGUGAAGCGUAGUCGGGGAGGCUGGAUCGCCUUCUGUUUAAAUUCACCUUCAGAUCGGUCCCUUCUUCCUCUUCUUGUUCGUCGCCUGCCUACACAAGAGAGGCUCCUGCUGCUGCUCUCUUCUGCACUAUUGUGAUACAGACUCGAGGCCUCUUCAGCGAAAUGGAAAAGGAAGUCAAGCACCUCACGGUGUCGACGGAAACCAGCGAACGCGAGCUCGACGAUGUCGAUCUCAAAAUUCGGGAUGGCGAUAUCAGACAGCGGCAAGUAUUCAAAGGCUGGACCGUCUUCUGGCUCGCCUACCAGGCAACAGGCGUGAUUUACGGUGACAUUGGAACGUCACCCCUCUACGUCUACUCGUCCACCUUUUCAUCCGAACCAUCUCGGCAAGAUCUCCUGGGAGUGCUGUCCAUCAUAUUGUGGACGUUGACGUUGAUGGUCACGAUCAAGUAUGUCUUCAUUGUACUUCGCGCAGAUGAUGAGGGUGAGGGAGGGACAUUUGCCAUUUAUACUCUCCUGUCGAGGUAUAGCGAGAUUAUGAAGCGCGACCCGAGGAUCUAUCAGUUGGUGAAGAUGGAGCGGUAUAAGACGAAUGAUCUUCACUCGCAUAAUGAGAGGUUUCGCAAUUGGUUGGAGAAGAGCAAAUUCGCACAUGCGAUGCUGAUGCUUCUGGCCGUUUUCGGCGUGAGCUUGGUAGUAGCUGAUGGAGUUCUCACACCAGCCCAGUCAGUCCUCGGAGCCAUUCAAGGUAUCCGCGUGGCUGACGAAAGCAUCACCACUGCAACCAUUAUUGGAGUCAGCUGCACGAUUCUGGUCUUGUUGUUUGCAGUACAACCUCUCGGCGUACACCGCGUCUCUUCCGCCUUCGCACCCAUUGUCAUCCUCUGGCUACUCUUUAAUGCCGUCUUCGGCAUAUAUAAUCUCAUCCAGCACGACCACACCGUCCUCAAAGCCUUCUCGCCCUACUUUGCCGGCGCCUGGCUCAUGCGGAACAAAACCGAAGGCUGGAAGAGUCUGGGAGGCGUCCUUCUCUGCUUCACAGGCGUCGAAUGUCUAUUCGCAGACAUGGGAGCCUUCAGUCGACGAGCGGUACAGUUAUCGUGGCUUUGUUUAGCAUAUCCUUGCUUGAUGCUUGCGUACAUUGGACAAGCCGCGCAUCUGGUCGAUGAUCCUUCGGGGUAUAGCAAUCCAUUCUUCAACACUGUUCCUCCGGGCAUGUUCUGGCCGUCACUGGUUCUGGCGAUUCUGGCUGCGGUAGUGGCUUCGCAGGCGACGAUUACGGCUUGUUUUCAACUGAUUGCGCAAAUCAUGAAUUCGAGCUACUUCCCGCAGAUUCAAAUGCACUAUACGAGCGACAAAUACCAUGGGCAGGUGUAUAUUCCCAUUGCAAAUUGGCUGCUCAUGAUCGGAUGCGUUGUCGUCACGGCAGUCUUCAAUAAUACCACCUCUCUCGGUCACGCGUACGGGGUGUGCGUCAUCCUCGUCACCUUCAUCACCACCAACCUGGUCGCCCUGGUCGCCGUCAUCGUCUGGCGUCUGCACCCGGCCCUGGUCUUCCUCGUCUGGCUUCCCUUUAUCCUGUUCGACGGCGUGUACCUCACAUCCUCCCUCCUCAAAGUCCCCGACGGAGCCUGGUUCACUCUCAUGCUCGCCACCAGCCUCGCAGCAUUUUUCCUGCUCUGGCGUUAUGGGAAAGAAACACAAUGGGUCUGUGAAGCCAAAGACAACACGACGAGAUUAUCUUCUCUCAUUUUUCCUACCGGUGCUGCUGCUACCACGACGACGACGACGGAGCCUGCUCGAUUUGGAUACGAGGGAGAAGGGCAACGGUUAACGGAAAAAUACGGUUCGCACCCACUCCUCUCGACGCCUGGCCUCGGCAUCUUUCUCGACAAAUCGGGCAUUUUCACACCCAAAGUGUAUGAGCAAUGGCUGUGUAAAUUCCGCAGUCAAAUGCAAGUGGUGGUGUUGAUGCAUUUGCGCGCAUUGAAUAAACCUCAUGUCGCCGAAGAGGAUCGUUUCGAGGUGGAAGUGGUGAAGGGGUUGACGAAUGUGUAUCGGUUGGUGAUUCGGCAUGGGUAUAAUGAUCAUGAUGUGAUGAAUCCGGGAUUGGCGGGGGAGGUGGUGAGGGUGGUGAAGGGAGAGGUGAUUAGAGAAGGGCUUAUUGGAGGGAGAGAGGUGGAUAUAAAUGAAGAGGAGGAGGAGGUAGCAGUGGUGGCCAAGGACGGCGAAGACGACGACGACGAUGAUGCUCACGAUACCAUCUCACCUGUGGUCCAUCCUGGCCACAACUCCACCACCACCACCACAAGAAAAAGAAUAACCCGAACAAGUCCCAGAACAACAACAACAAUCUCCACCUCCCACCGCCUCAGCGCCCUCGAAGCAGCCUCUUCCGCUCAAACUCUCUAUCUCGUCGGGAAACAACAAAUGCGCAUCUCGGCUUCGUAUAAUAUUUUCAAGAAAAUCAUUUUGGGCGUCUUUCUCUGGGUGAGAGAGAAUUCGAGGAGUAAAAUGGAGAAAUUAAAUGUUCCUAUGGAGAGGUUGGUGGAGGUGGGGUUUGUGGGGGAGAUUUAG